AUGGUUGGGACAAAAGCGUUAUCUUGUCUCCUCGGAUAUUUCAUUUUAUCUGCAGAAUGCUAUCAGAGCAAGGAGCAAAAGCCGCUGGUAACGGUGACUGAGGGCAAACUGAGAGGAACCGUAGAAAAAAUCUACGAUGGAUCCUCUUACUUCAGUUUUAAAGGAGUUCCAUACGCCGAGGCUCCAGUUGGAGCACACAGGUUUCAGUCUCAACCAUUACCGCCACGAAACUGGCCUGGAGUUCGCGAUGCUUCGAAACAUGGCCCAAUAUGUACUCAGUACGACUUUACUAUCUCACAAUAUAUAGAAGGCAGUGAGCAGUGUCUUUUCGUUAAUGUGUAUACCAAGUCUUUAAAACCACACGCCCAAAUACCGGUGAUGGUAUUCAUUCACGGGGGGAUCCUACAUGUCCGGAUCUGGAAAUUCUGA